GAAAGUCCGCUGUGAUGAUCAAUUCAUGCUUCCUUCCUCCCAAUGUCGAUGAGGCGGGAGAAUUUAUUUAUACAAUACUCCUCUGUCCUCUCUCUCUCUCUCUCUCUGCAUCUCCACUGUCGAUUGUCAUUUCCUUUUUCAAUUUCAGAAAAGACGUCAAGAGAGAGAAGGGAAGCGAAGAGACAGAGAUAGCAUAGCCAUGGUGAGUCGCAGGAGCAGAGUGGGAGCCCUCAAGAAGAUGACCAGAGAAGAUGAAAUUGACGACGACGAAGAAGAAGAAGAAGAAUCAGAUGGAAAACGAGCACACUACGAAGAGUCUCGCGCUCAGAGAAUCAAGGAGAACUCCGAACGAAUGAAAAGCCUUGGCAUUUUCGAUCUCUCCAUGGCGCUCAAGUCCAAACCUUCCUCUUCUUCCCUCAGGAAAUCCAAGCCAGUAUCUUCCAGUGAUCCCCCACGCCGCUCUUCGAGGUUGAAAGAUAUGCCUCGAGUGAGUUACUCAGAGAAGAAAAUGCCGAAUUCGAAGAUCGACAAGUCGGUGGAGAAUGUGGAAAUAAAUAUUCCACCAGGAGAGAAGCCUGAAAUUUACACUGAAGAGCACCAGAAGCUGCUGGGCGAUUCCAGUAGUGUUUGGGAACUUUAUGUUGACGGAUACGACGAGGAUGGACAGCGGAUAUACGAUCCUGUUAACGGCAAGACUUGCCACCAGUGCAGGCAAAAAACUACCGGGCUUCACACUGAAUGCAGCAUUUGCCAGAAGGUCACCGGGCAGUUUUGUGGAGAUUGCUUGUACAUGAGAUAUGGGGAGAAUGUUACUGAAGUUAAUCAGAACCCGGAUUGGGUCUGCCCUGUAUGCCGCGACAUAUGUAAUUGCAGUCGCUGUAGAAGACAAAAAGGAUGGACACCUACCGGAGCAAUCUAUAAGAAGGUUGCGAAGCUUGGCUUCAAAUCCGUGGCGCAUUACCUGAUACACACAGUUCGCGAGCAAGCAGGCGAGGAAGCGUCAUUCGAUGAGAAUGGAGUUUUGAUUGCAGAACCAAAUGCCGUUGAUGAUGGAAAAGAAGCAUCCUCAGCUGCACACUCUGCGCCGCCGUUAGAAGGCGAGGAAAAAGAAUCUGAUGAAGAUUAUAUGCAGUCGGACAGCGAUGAUGGAAAUGACGAUAGCAAAAAUGAAAAUGCGAGUAGCUAAGAACUUGAAAGCAAUCGGGAAAUAACCCAUUUUGUCGUGACGAUCGCGUAUGGUAUAAAUGUAAGGGUAUUUUAUCAAUGCGUAGGAUCAAUCGUCGUUUUGUUUUGUUUUGUUUUGUUCUGUUGAUAGUGAUUAGAUGGACAGAAGGAUGUAGACUUGAAAAUGAUGUGCGUGCAUUGAUAUAUGGUUGAUUGUAUAGUGUUGUGAUGUGUUACAACUUACUUACAAGUGUGGAAGUGGAAGAGGAAGAACUUCUUG